AUGCCUGUACAUUGCCGCUGCCAAAGCAAAGAAGCCAUCAGCUUUCCCUUGAAAGGUGCCGUUGCCAGUGGAAAACUGAUCCAAACUAAAGGUAAGGGUGCUUCUGGUUCAUUCAAAUUGUCAGCUUCGGCCUCCAAGCAACCCAAAGCCAAGACUGCCGAAAAGAAGAAGAAGGCCCCAGCCGCUGGUGACAAAAAGAAGAAGGCUGCCGCCCCUAAAAAGGCCGCUGGUGAGAAGAAGGCAGCUGCCAAAAAACCCUCUGCCGCCAAGAAGACCGCUGAAAAGAAGAAGGCCGACAAAACAAAGGCAAAGGCUGCCAAGAAAACCGGCACAGUUAAAGCUAAACCAGCAAAGACCGCCGCCAAAGCAUCUGCCACUAAACCAAAGGCACCCAAGGCGAAAACUGCAGCUGCUAAGCCCAAAAAGGCCGCAGCAGCAAAGAAGCCAGCUGCUAAGAAAGCCGCCGCCAAGAAGUAAUUUUUCCCAGAAAGAUUACUUUUUCCACAAUAUUUUCGAUAUUCGAAAACAUACUAUCUAACAGCCCUUUUCAGGGCUAC